CAAUAAAUGCCUCCACACUCUCAUUUCUUCUAUUAAUUCUCUUCUUCAAUCUAAUCUCUCUCCCUCUCUCUCUCUCACUUCUUUCUAGGGUUUAAGUUUCAGACACAAUCGAGCUACUUGGAUAUCCAAUAACGGAAACAAGCGUAAGGAUGAACACGUACAACAUGGUGAAGCAAAGAUUUAUCAAGAAAUGGAUAAAUACUCUACACAUGUUAGAUUCUUCUAUUGAACAUCCUUUGAACGUAACCGAGAGGAAAAAUGCGAUAAGACUAUCAUCGGACUUAGCCAUCGCAGCCGCUAGAAGCGGCGCUACCGUAUGGAGCCGCGCUCUCAUCUCUAGGAGCGGAAACAAGACAACAAACAAACCAAUGGCUCGUAGAAUACUAAAAAAAGCUCGAAAUCGGAUAAAGAACCGUUGUAGCACUCUUAGAAGAAAUGGCAAUUUCACGGCGAAAGUUGGGGUGAGAAAACGUACGGAGUUGCUUAAGAGUCUUGUACCGGGAGGCGAGUUAAUAGACGAUAAAGAUUAUUUGAUAAGAGAGACACUUGAUUACAUUGUCUAUCUCCGAGCGCAAGUAGACGUCAUGCGAACCGUCGCAGCCGUCGAUUUAGUCACCGGAAACUUAACCAACGAUCGUAGGAACAAAUAAAUGUGCAUGCAUUUCUGAACUCUUGUGCAUAUGAAGUAGCUAAUGGUUUAAUUGCAAGUCCAUGUACAUAUAUAGGAUGACACUCUUAUCGUAUAACAAAUUUCUAAUGAAUUAUCAGAGUAAUG